UCGGUUGUUGUACCUUCAUGGAGGCAAGUAAUUCAUGAAGUUCGUCUGAUGAACGAAUGUUUGGGUCCAAAAAUCCUUCAAUAUUUAUCGUUUCCUAAACUUUUAAGCUUCGUAGUUUUGCAAGCAACAUUUUGAGUCAUAUUUCUAUCUAUAAUCAUCUCCUUGGAAGCCUUCUGAGAGUAUAAUGUGGAUAUGAUAGAAUGACAGAAGAAGGUUAAAGUGGCUCAAGGACUCCUUGAGAAGAAUGAAGAGAAGAAAAUAUUUGAAAACUAACAUCAUCAAGAAUAGAGAAGUUUUGGAGUAGCUGCAUCAUGCCCGCAUUAACAGCGAACACUGUGACACUUGAGGAGGUGCUGGAAGUAAGGGGAGGUCCCCUCACUGAAGAAGAACUCUGGGCUGUGUUGGCCCAGUCUUGUGAGGCUCUUCAAGAUGUUUUUCAGAGAGGUAAAGCAAGAAAUAGAUUUUUUGGAUCGUACUCCAUCACACCAGAAAUGAUCCUACUGUGUCACACUGGCAGGGUGAAGUUUUCACUAGACCAAGGUUAUCACUUUGAUCGUUCGUAUACUGCACCUGAAACAUAUGCCAACAGAGCCACACCUAGUGAUACAGCACUAGAAAAGAUAUGUGUUUACUCAUUGGGGAUGUCACUAUAUCAUGCAGCUGAGUUUGAAGUAGCAGUUGGAAAGCCAAUAAGUCUAAAUGAGUCUCUGGAGUCUGUUCUACUUGGCAUGUGCGAGGAAAGUGCCCAUGCAAGAAGUGGAUUAUCUCAGGUUAUGCAGGAAUGUCAAAGCCAUUACAGCAGGCGGAACUACAGGGAUACUGUUGCAUCUCUUGUUGAGUCAUUGUUAGGAGAUGAAAUACCAGAUAUUGAGGUGCAUGAUUCACUCUAUGAUAUGGAAGCAGGCAACAGUACAGACAUUAGUGAUUAUGACAUUAGUGAAGAGAAUUAUCCAUCCAGGUUUUCUCCAGUGUUGGCUACUCCCAGAAGCCUACCAUCACCUCCAUCCCUUCAGACGAGCUCAAGAGGUCAGUCAACGUCGGCACAGUUAGUGGGCAGCAACCAUAGGAGAGUACUAACACCACCGAUAACUCAGAGAUCAGCAUCACCAGGAUUAAAUAAGAGUAGACCUAUACCACCAACCCUAGAGAAGUACAGGAGUGUUCUUGAAAAUGCAAGAUCCAAAAGGUCGAUGGCCGCUAGUCUAAACGGUCUUGACCAACUCCACACAAGGGAAUCAAGUCCAUCAUGGGAUCAAAUGACGCCACACCACCCAAUAAACAGGAGUGAACCUAGACUUGAUACUCCUUCAGUAGGUUACCAGAAGAUACCUGAAGCAUCGGGCUACUAUCCCCACCCUCCAGCUGAGGGUAGUCAGUAUGAACGACCAACUAGUCAUCUGUCAGGAGACAUACAAAAUAGAUCAGGACCUUCUGGAACAAGACCAGAUAUUCAGGGUUUGAACCGGUUUGCCAGCAUGCAUUCUGUAGCCAGCGACAGCUCAUCAUCAGCAUCAGGUCCAAGAUCUUCAAUGUUCUCUGACGGUCGUUCAUCAUCUGCUGUAUCAAUUACCCAAGGCAGUUAUGCACCUGAGUCAUACCUUACUGAUGGUUAUGAAAGCGAAUUCAACCUAAAGAGUUUUGGAAGCUCAGUAUCUCAAAAUGCCUUCAGAGCUGGCAGAAAUAUACCUUCAUUAAGCAACAAUCCACUUUACCUGUCUGUUAAUGAUUUGCACCAACCGUCUGCCGGUCUUGGCUCAUCAUUGAGUGGUCCUCUUGCAGCUGAUAAUCGUUAUCAUUCGCUUCCGAAUAUUAAUAGAUUUAAUGAUAUCGAGAAAGAAAAACAUGAUUCAGAAGAUACUCUUAAGACUUUCUUUGGUCCUGAGUUUGUGAUGAUAACCGAAGACCCAGAGAAAUCCAUAGUCAACAUCACUCCUGUUGGUCAACUAAGGAAGGAUGGACAGAAGAAAGGUUUUCAUUCAUCACACCCUAGAAAGAUAGUGACUGUAGUGGCUCUAAAUGGACAGAAACUGCAAUUGAUGGCUGAGGUCUCCAUGACAACCAAAGACCUAUUUGAGCAAGUAACGAGAUUCCUGGGGAUUACUGAAAAAAUAUUUUUUGGGCUUGCAAAGAUAGAAGAUGAUGAAGUAAUAUUUCUCGAUCUUGAUGUUAAAUUAUCAAAAUAUGCUCCUUCAAAAUGGAAAGAGUCAAAAGGAGAGAUGGUAGAAUUCAUUCUGUACCUUCGAGUAAAAUUCUAUGUGGAGCAUACCGAACUUUUAAGUCUAGAAACAACUCGUCAUCAGUUUUAUCUUCAGCUGCGCAAGGACAUCCUUGAAGGCAGGCUGUAUUGUCACGAGGAAGCUGCCUUUUUGUUAGCUGGACUGGCUCUACAGGCAGAGACAGGGAAUUAUGUCGAUACCCUUGAGGGAGAUUAUUUUCUUGUUGAGCAUUAUCUCAAUGAAAGGAUAAUCAAGAAACUAUCAGUUGAAAAUACGACCCUCCAGCUUCCUGAGUUCCACAAAAACUUUGCUGGCUUAUCUGAAGAACAAGCAGAGCUUGAGUUCAUCCAAGAAGCACAGAAAUUACCUGAAUAUGGCAUACAUUUCUAUAAAGUGCAAUAUAGCAAGAAGAGUGAUAAUAGUGAAAAGUUGUAUCUUGGCAUUUGUGUCAGAGGUGUCACAAUUUAUGAGUCAAGGGGACACAUCAAGAGCCCUGUUCAUAAACAUUCUUGGCCAAUGACUAAAAAGCUGUCAUUUAAGAAAAAGAAAUUUUUAAUAGAGCCAAUGUCAAACCCAGAUGGCGUGAAGCUGACAUUUUACACCAACCAUUACAAAAAGGCCAAGUAUCUGCUGCAAAUGUGCACAGCAUUCCACAGAUUUCAGAUGAAAAUGAGAACACGACUGGCAUCUAUAAAACAUGAAAUGUCUGUUGACAUUGACAUUGAAAAUAAACACCAAGCAGUAGAUGGUCCGUCGAAAGACAAGUUGUAUGACAGAACACCGGCCCCUCCCAUUUACAAACAAAAUUCUCUCCAUACACCCUUGCCAAGGUCAGUGUCAACAGAAUACAGAGAGAUCUCUGUGGACCUCCCUGAAGAGAAGUACCAUGCUAUGCCAAGAUCUAUGUCAGUGGAGCACAACCAAGAAGAACCAGACACUGAUGAAUACCAUUUACCGAGAUCAGUAUCAAUGCAAUACUCUGUUGAUGAGAACCAUAAUAAGGAUUACCAUGGUAACCAGGAGCCAAUAGGAAAGCAUGGGAAGCAUGAUGAUUUGUCACCUUAUGUUAUAGAUUCGACUCUGAAUGUUCCAAGCAAGCAGGAAAACCAACAAGAUGACACAAAACAUCUACUUUCUCCUAAAUCCCCAGAUGGAGAAAUCCCAAAUUCCAGGGAUAUCCUGAGUUCACCAGACAGGGAAAUAAGAGUGAUCAAGUUCACGAAAGAACCUGGAAAGGGUCUCGGCAUAACUGUUCUUGGGGGAGAGAAUUCCAAACGUCUGGAUCGUGGGAUCUAUGUCAAGUCUGUCACUGAAGGAGGUGCGGCUGCAAGAGACGGGAGGCUUAAAGCUGGUGAUCGAAUCCUCGCCGUAAAUGGCAACAGUCUAGAACAGGUGACUCACGAACGGGCCGUUACGUUGCUAAAAACCAUUUCUUCUACCGUCGAACUUGUCGUGUCUCAAAGCCCACAUAAUGUCUCUGCUUUAGAUUUGUCCAACAUUCCUACUGCUGGCUCGUCCAAUGAGGAACCACAAACUCUCGAAGUCAAGCCAUUGAUAACGCCUCCUCAACAAGAAAAUCGCCACCUGUCAAGAACACGCGUCGAGUCGCCAUGUUCAUCAGAUACCCUCUCACCAACAGAUUCCCAUCCAUCCACCUUCAACUUUCCCUCCGAAGACGAGCCUGUCACCAUGAUUUCCAAGUCGAUAUCUUCAUUAGCGACACCCCAAAGCAGUUCUCAUUCAGUACCCUCUAAGGAUAGGAACUCGUCUUCAAAUUACCUCACCGUGAGUCCUCCAGAAAAGGCGGGAAAAACCGACAGUGACGAAAUUCCUGAACCUGUAACCAUGGCAACGCUGGAGUCGCCAAAUGUGACAGGGUCUCCUUCAAUGGGUGUCCGUCGCGACUCUAAAUCGCCUUCAACUCCUUAUGGCAAGCUAAGCUCAAGAGAAGUUUUGCAGUCAGACAUCAGUAACGAUUCUCAGUCAUCGUUUACUGCGGGUUCAGUUGGGUCGGAGAGAUCGAUUGAGCAUGGCAAUAGCGUAGAUAGUGAUGAUCUACCGGACAAGAGUUUCACUGUGGAACUGGAAAAAAUUGACAAGAGUUUGGGUCUUAGCGUAACGGGAGGAAUAAACACAACAGUCAAACUAGGAGGUAUUUACGUCAAGUCAUUAAUGCUGAAUGGCCCUGCGGAUAGAGAUGGUCAAAUAAGAAUCGGUGAUCGUAUACUAGCAGUUGAUGGUAUUAGUCUUGUGGGUGUUACACACAAACAAGCAGUAGAAAUCAUUAGACGAGCACCGCAGCGAUGCAAAAUCGUUCUGGACCGAUCCGUACACGUCAAUGUACCAGCAUCCAUAAAGAAAAACUCUUCUAGGACCCAGGCUAAAGAUAAGCCUUUUGUAGUCGAGCUGGUGAAAGGAAUUGGAGGACUGGGUUUGAGUUUGGUUGGAGGGCGUGACGCUGGUCCCGAACACGGAGGGUUAUUACGUAUCAAGAAAAUGUUCCCUGGCCAGCCCGCCGCACUCAGUAAAAAACUAGCACUUGGAGACAUAGUGCUCGAAGUUAAUGAAAAGUCCCUUCAGAACGCCAGUCACCAAGACGCCAUCAACAUGAUCCGACACGAGCCGUCUGUUGUUCGUCUGCUGGUGAAGCGAGACCCUUAUUCGAUCCCUGAAGUACUUCUCAGUAGAGCAGCGUCUAACGCCAGUGACGUUGACCCUGUUCAGCUCUUAAACGAUAUACAAAACAAGCUGCGCAGUCAGACCACAUCCCCCGUCAGCUCUCCGCCACAGGAGCCCCAACCCAACAAUAUCGAGCAAAAACUUGCCGAAGCAGCGGGAGAAAUUAGGGAUCUAAGAGACAAACGUGAAGAACGCGUUACUUAUGAAAGUGAUAGAACAUUACAGCAUCAGUUGUCUGAUCCGUCGGCGCUUAUGGCAAAACAAAGAGAACACGAGCCCGUUACCACUUCGCGUUCUCUUCCGGGAAAAUUAUCUUUGAAAUCUCGAUACUUUGAUAACACACCCUCGGAGGACAAGGAAUCAGUGCGCAAAAAAGAGGAAAGAGAUGAAAGUGAACCAGAUAAACCUCCAUAUAUUGAUAGGAAGAGUUCCGAUAGUGCUGUCGGUGAGUCUGAGCAACGUAGACCGGACAGAAGAGCUGCGGAUAAGAUUUCUAGCGAAUCUGAUCUUCCCUCGUUACUUCAACAAAUCCGGAGUGAGGACAGUUUGAACAGAAUCAUGUCCCCCCAAGCUCCUUUAGCUGAGUAUGAAGAAAGUGAUCUGGAUAUUGAUGAAGGCAUCAUGAUUAAUGUUGACGAUGGUGUUGCUGUUAAGAUUGAUGAUGAUGAGCAUCCAACUGAUAGUCAGGAUGAUGUUGAUGAUGGUAGUGGUGGUGUUAAUGCUAUCACCAAGGCACCUGGAACGUCCUACCCGGUUAGAAGUGAACACGAUAUAAGUCUGGACGUCAAUGAUGAUGAAUCAGACGAUGAUACCGCAGAUAAUGAAGAUGACAGUGAUGAUGACAGUAUGAACAAAGUCCUCGCAACCACCGUUACUCCUCCUAAGGAAACUAGCGAUACAUCUGAUAUCGAUGAUGACAAUGCUGAAGAUAUCGACGCGGUACUAGAACUUCUUUCCGGCUCACGAACGCAACACAAACCAGAAGAAUUAAAUCAAGACAACCAAGAACAUUCGUCCUCGGAUGACGAUGAUUCAGAAGUAAAUUUAAAUAUAAACGAAGAUUUGAACGAGAGUGAUAACUAUUUAGAGCCUAUCCAAAAGAAUUCCACUGAACCACAGAUGGAAGAAAGGAAUGAUAGACCACUCUAUAUGGUAAAUAAUCAGCCAGGACCAACCUGGAGUGAGGAAUCUUUAAGUGAGAAGUUAGAGAGUCUAGAAGAGACUAUAGUAGAGAGUACCCCAGACCUGACGAAGAUAUCAGCUCAAGAAGAGGCCAGUUUGACUCCUAAAGAACAGUUAAUCACAGUCGAGUUAGAGAAGGGGUCCGGUGGCCUUGGAUUUACACUGGCAGGUGGUGCUGAUACUAUGGGUGGAUGUUUCGUAAGAGAUGUAAUAGGAGAUCCUGCUAAAGCAGAUGGGAGACUACAAAAAGGCGAUCAAAUCUUACAGGUGGAUGAUACUGAUAUCAGAAGCAUGAAACACAUGGAAGCAGUAAACGUGUUAAGAGCAACUAAAAAAUUCGUCAAAUUGGUUGUCGUACGAAGACCUACCAUGGUCGUUAAAGACGGUACAUCCGGUCACUUGGAGACGGUAAACCUAACACGUACGAGUAGAGGUCGCAUUGGAUUGUUACUAAAAGAAGAUGACCAGGGUGUCAUACUAGUAGAUGAUGUUGUACCAGGCGAGCCAGCUGCCGUUGAAGGCAACCUUAAACAUGGAGAUGUUAUUGUCGAGAUUGGCGGUCGUAAAGUGGAAGGUAUUGGCUUCCUUGCAGCCAGGCAGUACCUGGACGCAGCUCGUCCUGUGGUACAGCUGUUGGUCAAGAGGACCAAUAGGGCUGCAGUAUCCAAGUACACUAUGGGUGGAUCACUGGAACAGGGCUAUUCAUUCUCAGAGGAUCUGCCGGAAGAAAAUGUUGAUUCUGGUGCAGAAAGCACAGAUGAAGAACAAGACGUGGAAGAUGUUGAAGAACCAAAGGAUGAUGUCUUUAACGUGAAGUUAGAGAAAGGACCUCGAGGGUUUGGAUUUAGUUUGGUGGCCGCUCCUUCCACAGAACCAAACGUGCAGGGAAUAUUUAUCAAGACAAUCAGUGCGGGAAGCGUCGCAGAAAAAGAUGGUCGACUGAAGGUUGGAGACCAGCUACUGAAGGUGAACGAUGAAGAUGUUUAUGGUCUUAGCCAUGCGAGGGUGAUUGGAAUGUUGAGGAAAGUAACCACCACAGUCAGCCUGGAGAUAAGAAGACCCGGCGGAGCUGUGACGCAAACCUCAUCAAAAGAACACAAGGACAACAUCAAAAUAUCUGACUCCAAAAACAGCUCACCUCUAUCUAAUAGCCUAGACCUUGACAUAACACUUGAAGAUAAGGAAGAGAGUUUAACAGGUUCUUCUGAAGUCAAAGAUGAAGAUGAAAUCAUCGACUUGCUUAACGCAAUAUCAGAAUCCAACAAGGAAUUCAACUCACCAAGCAAGAAUAAACAACCCAAACCAACCCUACACAAACGAGAUACAGACUCUGUUCUGUCGUCUAUCCUUAGUUCUAUAGCAGCACCACCCUCGCCUACCACACCCCGCAGCAAUGACCUAAAUGAUGCUGAUAGUAUAAAUAGUGAUUCUGAUGCUGAGUCAUUAACAGGACAAGAGAAUUAUACCAUCGAUGACAGCCGAGCAGAAUAUAGCACUGGGGAUUCAUUACAAAGACUUAGUUCGGGAUCGUAUGAAAGCAAGCACUUAUCUGACAGUUCUAAUAAUAAAUCGAAUGGAAAGACGCAGUCUUUCGACAGUUCUGACUCUGAUUACGAGGAUAUAAAUGUUUUUGAUAUGUUACAAGAUAAUAGUAAAAUGGGAAUGAAUAGAGAUAUUGGCAAUAUUGAUAGUAAUAAUACAGAACUUAAUGGGACUAUAUCUGAUGUUCCACCACCUGUACCCACCACGUCCAUCCCAUUGGGGGACGAUGAAGACCUCCCCGCACCCCCUCCUAGAAAGGAGUCUUUGCUUAAGUCGUCUGAUGAUGGAUGGUCGUCUUCAGGUGAUUCAGAUUAUUCGUCGAAGCGCAAAGUGAAUGGAUUUGUUACCCUGCAUAGUAGUAGCAGCGAAGGAGACAUGGCCAGUAAAGCCAGCGGUCCCCUGAUUGACGUCACAUCCGGUGGCAGGUACACGGGACACAAACUCAAGAUGUUGAUUGGAGCUUUACAGUCCAAAAUCGAAUCUAAUGUUAUGGCGGAUGAAUUUAAGGCUCUAAGGGAGAUCAAACCCACUGAUGAUUGCAGUGUUUCUAAACACCCAGAAAAUAAAGACAAGAACAGAUACAGAAACGUCUUGCCUUUUAAUGAAACACGAGUGCAUCUGAGUGGUGAAGGGAAUGAAGACUACAUCAAUGCCAGCCAUAUUCGAGUACCAGUAGGAGAGGACGUAUACCACUAUAUAGCAACACAGGGCCCAUUACCCAAUACAACAAAAGAUUUCUGGCAAAUGAUUUGGGAACAGAAUGUUGAAGUGAUUGUCAUGCCAACCCUUGAAAGAGAGGGAGGAAAGGUCAAAUGCCAUAGAUACUGGCCAGAAUCAGAAGAUCUCGUCAUACCAAGAAAGUUCAGAGUAACCCUUCUAGACAAGAAGAUGUACGAUUCUUUUACCGAAAGAAAGUUUUCGUUAAAACAUCUUGGGAGUGGCGAGAGCAUCGAAGUUACUCAUCUGAAAUUUACGCGCUGGCCUGAUCAUGGUGUCCCUAAGUGUUCUUUUGAGAUGGUUCAGUAUGUGACGUACAUGAGAGAAUUGACGUCAUCACAAGCACCCAUCGUAGUUCACUGCAGUGCUGGUAUAGGGAGGACUGGUGCCCUGAUCACAGUAGAUGUUUGCCUUGGCUUGAUGCAAAGGGACUUAAUGUUUGAUGUGGAUAAAAUCAUUCGUAAUCUUCGUGAACAAAGGCAUGGAAUGAUACAAACCAAAGAUCAGUAUAUUUUCUGUUACAAAGCUUGUCUAGAGGUUCUGCGGUCACUGGAUCGGUAAUAUUGGUUAACAAAUCAUGUUCCAGAAGAGAUAUUUCCCUACUACAGCUAUCAGUGCUGUUCCCUUGACAAAACGUACUUCAAGUCCUCGUUUUUGCGACGAUGUCAUCAAACAUUUCAGUUGCACUGUCUUAUGCUACUGUAACAUGCUUGCCUGCCACCAAAAAAUUUCAAGUUAGGAAUAUUCCCUAGUAAUAGCACCAGAAUUCUUGCGAAAAAUAUUAUAGAAGUAUUAUAUAGUUUUAUAUCUAUCCUAUUCAAAGACAUCGCCUUCACAUAGCACCAGCAGUUAGAGAAAAUUCCUGGGCUACAGACAAACAUAUUAAAAUAUUUACUUAUUAUAUACCAUAUUCAUUGUUUCAUACCAUUACAGUGAAAACACUCGAACCAUGAAAACUUCAGUGUUUUUUAAACAUUUUCCGAAUGAUACAAUCAGAAGCCAGAUUCUUAUUGAGGUUCAAACAUUUUUUCGUGCGAUUCCAGAGGCUCUUGUGUUGUUGUGGCCAUUAGUUUUAUUUUGUGACAGCUACUUCGUCAAUGAACGAUUUUUUCUGUAAAUCAUUAAAAGUUUGCGCUAUGUGCCACAGUUUUGCAUACUACCACUUUUUAAGACGUGAUCUAGGAGUUCAUAAGUUUUUUUAGUGAGCUAAAAAUAAAACAUCUAAAGAUUUUUCACCAUUUGUUGUGAUUGGAUGGCACCUGAAAAAUGUUUGAUUCCUUUGUUUCUACAGAGAGCUGUGUUUGGAUAGUUCUGAUAAAUGUCCAAAAUUAACCUUGAGGUGUUCUUGGUUCGAGUUUCCACACUGUAAUAUAUUAUUUUCAUAUUGCCAGUUUGCAAUCAUUUCUCAGAAAACAUGGCUAUUUAUAUAGUCGGUUGAUACAAUACUCCAUUUACUCAAUUCCAUUCACUAUCCAAUUUCUGCGCAUAGCAAAACUCCAGUUUAUAAUGCAUGGCAACUCCAGCCUCGGCUUGGAACUAUUAUUCAUGGUCACUGAUAAGAGAGCUGUAAAAUGGAGCAUAUAGCAUGGUGACUAUGAACUCCAAAUGAAUUCCUGUAAACUUUCAGAGUCUAAAGUUCGUUCUAACUUGACGACAAUUGCAAACGUCUCUUUACUGCUUGCUGCCUUCAUUCAUGACCUCUUAUUUUGUUUUACUAUAGUUAAAAAAUGGUUCGACUAAGAUUGAGUGAGGUGCGUAAAAAGUAACUGAGUAACGUCAGACCAGUCCAUGUUAGACUUAGUAUUGUAGAAUUUAGUUUUGAGUGGAGUUGUACAUGGAAAACAAGUUUUAAAAUUGAUAAAUACUACAGAUAAUGCCAAAUACAGGAAUUAAAUUUUUAUGAAAAAUAUAUAUACAAAGUAGUUUUUUACAAAGUCACUUAUUAAUAUAUUUCAGCAGAAGUGCCAUGCCUCAAAAGAAUUGAGGUGAAAUUUAUGUUUGUGUAGAAUACUGCAAAUAUAAACCUUUAAUAAGCAAAGAAAUGCUAUCGAGAACAUAACUUCAUGUGAUUAUAAGAACAAAAUUAUUGUGUUUUCCUGCACUCUAUGCAAGCUACUGUCUCCUGCUUUUCUUUCUUUCACAUCUGGGAUCCCUGUGUAGUAAAGGAGAGGGGAUACUUCCCAGUAAGGAGCAAGACCCAAUCCAGCCUAAAACAGGCGAUCUAAGGAACUAAACUAAACUAAAUCUUAGUCACCAUAUAAGGCUUUUAAAUACAAUGUCAUAUUUUAACAAAAGUUAAAUUAAUGCAAAUAUGAUUCCAAUUUUAAAACUAUUAUGAAACGUUAAGAAAUCAAUAAAAAUGUUAAUAUUGCAA